CCUGGGAAACACCGUGCAGUGCGGUUGUGUGUGUGUGUCCUCUUUUCAUUUAAACACCAGGGAACGGGACCACAGAGGCACAGGAGGUCAAUUAAGCUGUUUUCAUGCAUAGAGAAGAAUAGAAAGAGGAGGAAAGAAGGAGAAAUGAAGAAGGAGGAGGAAGAAGAGGGAAGGGAAGGAGGAAGAGGAGAAGGAAAAGAAGAAAUAUUAAGAAAAGAUUUUCACUGAAUUUCCAGCGUUUUAAAGAGGAGGAAGGGGAAGAAAGGAGGAUGAGGGUGAGGAAGACGAGGAAGAGGAAGAGGAUUAAAUUUCUUUCAUCUUUCUUAGACAGUCCUCAGGAUGUCAACAUUGUAUAAUGGUACAGUGUUGAGACAGGGACGAUCGCGUUAUAAUUCACUAAUUGAGGUUACUUUUGAUAAAUAAACAACUAGUACGGAGUCUUUUAAGUAUUUUACAUUAUCUUAUACCGGAAAAUAUAAAGGAAAAGUGGCGUAAAUAAGAAAAAAAAGGCAAAGAUUAGAGAUGUGGGAUUUUAUAACUUGUGGUAUCUUAAAAUACUAGUAUAAGAUAAACCCUAUGCAAAACGAAUAAUAUAACCUUUAUUAAUCAUCAUAACCUAGAAAACCGAUAAAUAUAUAUAUAAAAACCAGUGUAAUUAGUAAAAAACAAAAAAACUGUCCCUUGGAAGUGAGACGGCCCACAGAGUCGCGCCAAAAACGUGGAUCUACAGGCCAGGCAUCUUAUGUUUAACCAGGUGUACAAGGUGCUGGCUUUCAAGGGCCCCUCCACACCUACAGACACACGCACACACCACCAGAUACAGGAAGAAUUAAUUGAUGAGCUACAGAACUACACCAUCGUUCAGGUGGCAGCCGGAGACCAGCACUCUCUUGCUCUCACCUCCUGGGGCCUGAUCUACGCACGGGGUGACAAUGGGUACGGUGAGCUUGGCGUCAACUCCUGCGACAGUCACACCGCCACACGCAAGCUUGUCAAGAGUCUGGCCAGGAAGGUGACAGUGCAGCUGGCCUGUGACGCCAACCACACCCUUGCCUUGACUGCUGAUGGUGACAAAAUACCUUCGGCCAGUUGGCACUUAGACACCGACAGGGGCCCCAGAAGGAUCCUGCCCUGGUGACCUCCUUGGCUGGCACCCUCUUAGUCCUGCUGGCCGCUGCGGGUCACCACUCUGCUGCCGUGACCCAGGCCGGCUACCUGCUGUUGUGGGGGUCAAACAAGCAGGGUCAACUGGGCUAUACUCCCAAGGGUGAUCCUCUUGUUAGAUCUUCGCAGGGGGGACGUCAGCAUGGCCACCGUCAGCAGGGAGAGUGGGGGUGCUGAGGACUUUUGCAGCCCUCCCCUACCCCGACCAAAUGCCCCUCUCUCUCACAAUUCAAGAACAUAUGAUUAAGAAACUUCUGUCAAUUGAGGAAGAAGACAUGAUUGAUGACGAUUUGUUUACAUUCGUACUGGCAUUCAAAACGUGGCCAAGAGUCUUCCUUCGCAUCCCCCAGCCAGGACGCCUUAAGCUGUUAUGUCCUUCCCCUGUACAAGGACUUCACUGACCCUAAACAAACGGCCAAACUCCAAACGCCGUAUGCUGAGGGAGUGUUGAAGCUUGGCAAGGAGAUGGCGGAGGUGUUCAAGAGACCGGCGUGCCCUUGUGGCUUCCCUGCGGCUGUUGUCCCUGGUCCACGGUCUGAACUUCCAAGCCGGCUGCCGAGUGGGGCGGUUGAACUACGACGACUUUUACAUCCCAGAAAUUGCAGAGAAAAUUGAUAUUAGGAAUGAUUACUUGAACGGGAUGAA